AUGGCGCUUGUCAGGACGGGCAAGGCAGAAGACACUGACAGGGUAUCGCCUGCAAUUGAAGGCCAGCCAACUCGACACAUUUCGCAGUAA